AUGAAAGAGCUUAAGACAAAAAAGCUCUGGGAAAAGGUUGCAGAAAGAAGAGGGGUCAGCAAAUCAUUGGUAGUUAAAUGGAAGAAGGACCGGGAAAAACUUCGAAGUCAGCUAGCUCUCAACAAGACAAAGAAGAACAAAGGUGCAGCAAGACCUACACGGCAAAGAAGACAACUUGCGUGUGGAAAAGUAAAAGCCGAGAAGUUUCCACUUGCGGCUGAGUGUGUUGUUGUGGAGUUUAAACUCCGAAGAGCAAAAGGAUGCAAGAUUUCAAAACUGUGGUUGAAAAAGAAAAUGAAGGAGAGGUUGAGGCAUGUUACGGAAAAGAGGCAGCUCAGAAAUUCAAAGCUAGUAACAACUGGUUUCAGAGGUUCAAAAAGCGCCAUAACAUUGCUUUCCGGAGACGAUCGAACAAGAAAAAGUCUGCAGCCAGUGACGGUAAGGAGACAAUUCAGGGUUUCCACAGAAAUCUUAGAACAUCCCUCAAAACAACAAGACGGCGAAAUAAUGCUAAGCUGGAUGGUAAAUAUGGGCGUUGGCUACCCCAAAACAGGUACAAUGUCGAUAAAGUACCCCUUCCUUUUGUGACUGAUCAAGAUAAAACCUAUGAAAUGAAAGGGAGUGAGCAAGUGUGGGUUUCACAACCCUCAAGUGGCCUGGACAAGAGGCAAGCUACUUUGCACCUUUGCAUUUGGGCAGAGGGUCAACAAAACGUCAAGCCGGGUAUUGUAUUUCGGGGAAAAGGAAAUGUUAGUACAGAAGAGAAAGCUCAAUAUGAUGAGGGGGUUGACGUUUACUUUCAAAGCUGUGCCUGGAUGGACAGUGAUAUUAAUAUGCAAUGGGUAA